AUGUCUGCCCAAAUCCCUUCCAUCACCCUAGAAGAGCAUUUCACUUCCUCGGCAGCCGCCAAAGUCUAUGGCACCGCGGCCUCCGAGUUCGGCCCCGCCAUUGGCGCCAAACUCUCCUCCAUCUCGACGCCACGGAUAGCCGACAUGGAUGCCGGCGGUGUCGGUCGCCAGAUCCUCUCCCAUACUCCAUUCCGCACGGCUCCCACGCCUGAGCUGUGCGUUGCAAUCAACGAUGAGCUCCACGCUGCUGUCAGCGCCCACCCAGAUCGUUUUACCGGGUUUGCUUCGCUCCCAAUGACGGAGCCUCGCGCCGCGGCUGAGGAGUUACGGAGGACGGUAAACGACCUCCACUUCGUUGGCGCUCUCGUGGACAACCACUCCGAUGGCGUCUGGUACGACGGGCCCGAGUGGGAUGUGUUUUGGGAGGCGGCGCAAGACUUGGACGUCCCGAUCUACCUGCACCCCUGCUUUGCGAGCGAAGAGAUGAUGCGCAUCAACUACAGAGGCAACUACAGCGAAGACGUGGCGAAAAGUCUGGGAGCUUUUGUGUUUGGGUGGCAUGCUGAGACAGGCUUGCACUUCCUUCGCCUCUUCGCUGCGGGCGUCUUCGACCGCUUUCCGCGGCUGAAACUUGUACUCGGCCAUAUGGGCGAGAUGGUACCUUUCAUGAUGCAGCGCGAGGAAAGGGCGACAGGGCGGUGGCAGCACGUAAAGCGGCCGCUGCGGGAGGUGUGGCGGGCUAAUGUCUGGGUGACUACGAGCGGCACGUUUGAUAUUGCGCCGCUGGCCUGUCUGCUCAAGGUGUCGCCGCUUGCUCAUGUGCUCUUCUCGAUUGAUUAUCCGUUUUCGGACACCGAGAAAGGGAAGCAGUUCGUGGAGGAGAUUGAGAAAGAGGGUCUGCUAGGGGGGGAGGAGUUGAGGGCUUUUGUGAGUGGGAAUGCGGCAAAACUUCUCCGAGUGAAGGAGUAA